AUGAAUGGUCCUCAAUCGAUUUCCCUCACCGAUCGGUUCUCUGCCCCUUCUAAAAAACACAUCGAUCGCUCGGCAGCUAAAAGUGUUCAUCACAAAUCUUGUGUCCCCAAAUCAAAACCGCACUUAGACCUUCACAAGACGAAGCCGAAACAUCUCACAAAAAGCUUGGCCCAUCCGCCUGAUCCCAAACCCCCUAAUGCACCCUCAGGAAAGAGCCCUAGUCUUCACAAGAUGAUUCCCAACUUGAAAUCAAUGUUUGAAUAUAAACCUCCAAGCCUUUCGACACAUUGGUCAAGUACGAAAGCCGAUCAGAAAGCAUACGGUAGUAGUCAGACGAUGAGUUUUGAACCACAAGACGGGAAGAAACGAAACCAAAAACACAAGUUUGAGGGAGUCGUGAGGAUAGAUCACAACGAGGAUGGUGACUUCCGGAUCGAUCUGUCUCGGCUCGCAGAUCCUUCAUCCUUCACGAUCAUCGGCCAACUCGAUCUGAAAUUCCUCAUCGUCAAGUUGGAUGGUCGUUGUUCUCUGGAUCGUGGUGAUCAUCAUCGGGAAGAUGGAGUGAUGGUCGCCUUCGAUCAACAUGCUGUCCAUGAACGCAUCCGUGUCGAACGCUUCCUUCAUGAUCUCUGUACUGGUCAGUUUAACGUCAAGGACCUCGAAACUAAAAUCGAUCAUCAUCAUCAACAAGAAGAUCAAGGAGAUCAGGCGCAGGGAGGCCUACAUUCGGGUUCAAAGUUCGUGCCCAUCUUGGUCACUCGACACGAAUUUGAUGGCCUUGUGAAGUUCAAGAAAUUGUUCAAUCGAUGGGGAUUUAUAUACGAAUUAACCCUAACCGAAUCAGAUCUGACCCAUGGUCAUAACCAUAAUGAAGAAGAUGACGAAGAUGAUGAUGUCGGGUUUAAGCAAAUCUUCAUGCGAGCUGUACCUGAGAUAAUAUGGCACCGCUUUCAAUGCAAUGAUGGACGAUUUGAGGUGUUGAAGAACGUCUUGAAAGGCUGUUUGGGGUUCUUUGAAGAUCGCUCUUCCCCAAGUCAUCCGAACUCGGAUUGGUUUGGGGCCGUUAAAGAUUGUCCUUCUGUCUUGGUUCAGUUGCUUAACUCUAAAGCUUGUCGAGGUUCGAUUAUGUUUGGAGAUAAACUAACCAACCAAGAGAGCCGGAAACUACUGACAGAGUUAGGACGAACGAGGCUGCCGUUCUCAUGUGCACAUGGCCGACCGACAUGUUAUCCGCUCUUCAAAUUCGGAGAACACCCUCCAACCUCGCCAGUCAUCAUUGACGGCUCCAGCAGUCAUUGCGACCAACAGGGUCAUCAUCCGCUGGCCUUCAUGGAUCGGUCGGCCAUCAAAGGAAACCCUCCUCCUUCUCCUCCUCUACCUCGUUCUUCUUCUGCUCGUACUCGUUCCCUCCUCUCUUCGCCUUUCAUGUCUGCUCGAAAUUCUUUCAACCGUCGUAAAAUUAAUUGGGAAUCUUUAUCUUCUGGUUGAUCAUCCAUCCACCUCACCCUAUUCCAAGGACCAUCUACAUCGAACCCAUUAUCUCCUUUUUUUUUAUCGCAAAAACUAUCGGCCCACCUUGUAAUUCUUGUCUUCGACCAAAUCAAAUGUAAUACUGUAUCUUUUUCCAAUGGUUGAUAGUUAGAGACGUACUCUGGGAAAAAAGGAUACGCACGAUUGUGCCUAUUCUGUGGUCAAUAUGGGGGUCGAACCCAUG